AUGGAGAAUUCCGCCGCAGCAGUCGAUGACAUUGAUCAUCGCGAGCUCGUCGAGCAUUAUCAGGAUCAUGGCGAUGUCACGAGAGAAGGAAAGGAGGAGGCCGCAGAGCAGCUGCCGGAGCUGCAACGCCUGGAAUCGUGCGAGCAGUGGUACUUCGACAAGGAAUUCGAGUGCUCGUCAUUCUCGGCGCCAUCCCCUGUUCACGAGCUUCUUGGAUUGGACGACGCGCCAACAGGUGAAUUCAAACUUCCUCUCCCAUGCUUUCCGCUCAAUGAUCCUCCCUCCGCAGAGGCGGUCGAGAGCGAGCCGCCCAAACGCCGGCGAUCCUUCAGCGAUUACAGCCAUGGCAGCUCGCGAGCGCGACAGGGCAUGGAUCGGGAGCCCAGGCGCUACCGCGGCGUGAGAAAGAGGGGCGAGAGGUGGGCGGCGGAGAUACGCAACCCCCAUGCCCGCGCGAGAGUGUGGCUUGGAACGUAUGACAACGCCGAGGAAGCCGCAAGGGCAUACGAUCGAGCGGCGGUGGGAUUCAAGGGAAUUCGCGCGCAUCUAAACUUCCCCGAUGACCCCAGGGAGGAAUUUGAGAUGUUCCCGCAGCCCCGAGAUCGAGCAAGCGAGGAGAUGAAUAUGCCGCCGUUGCAGGGGAUAUCUCCCACCACAAUGGCACAGUUCCAGACGUGGAGUCCCUCGGAAUAUCUGGUCUAG